AAAGUACUAACGAUAAUGAAUUGGACUAUGAUGUAGAAAUCAAACCCUUUCUUUUUAAUGAGAUUAGUUUUGAGAAAGCACGGGCUUGCGCAGAAGCAGAUGAGAAUAGUGAUCUAAUAUUUUUAAACAAUAUAAGCGAUAAUAAUAUAGAAAUAAAUGAUGAAUUAUCAUCCGAUUUUAGUUCAGAACCAAGUACAUCUAACUUAUAUGAAAAUGAGUUUUUAAUUGAGAAUUUGGUAUCAAAAAAAAAUACCUGUCAAAUGUUGACCCGGUGUUCAAUUUUGGAUAUUGAUGAAGAAUGUUUUAUUAUUCAUGGUGGAUAUUUUUUUGAGAAACAAGAUCAUGGACGUGAACCUUUUAACUGUACAAAUAUGCAUAAUAAUGAUAUAAGUAAGGCACUUCAACUUUUAGGUCAUUGGAUUUUGCAUAUUGCAGGAACUACUGAUGAAGAUAAAAAAAAAGAUUCUUUUAGCAUGUCUAGUUUCUGA